AUGGCUUUGUACGACGAGUUUGCCUGGACUGAAACUGCACAUGGACGAUGGGAACGAAAUAUUGACGAAGCUGAACAAUUUUAUACCACUCUGGCGAGAAGGUUCGAAGGCACUGGCAGAACGUUCUUCGCGAUGACCGCACAUGUCUCCUUCUCUCUUUCGGGGGAAGUGGGAUCCCUUGAUCCGAUCACCGCACUCAAGAACGCAUGGUUGCAACUUCGUUAUGACCACCCCACCAUUGCCUCGUGGGUUGAAUAUGACACCAAGAGCAACAGAUGCAAAAAGGUCUAUGAGCCUUUCCUCAAACUGGGAAAGAGUGGUGCAAUUCUGAUCCCCCCCGUCCCCAAACUGCCGACACUCUUUCUAAUUACACGCGAGAAUCCAACCGGCGACUACCAAGCCGAUGUUGUUCUUCGGUCUCACCAUGAUAUUAUUGAUGGGAUCGGAUCCUUGCAUCUUCUCAACAAUCUUUUCAAAUACGCAUCGCUGUUUCUUGAGAAGCCAGACUCCCCACUGCCCCAAUUCGGCGACGAGUGGAAAACCUUGAGCCCCCCAUUACGAGUUGCAGCUUGCAUUCCAGCCUCAUUAGACGAAAAGCAACAGACCCGAAUUAAGAAACUGUCCAAAACCAAUGCCUCGAUUCGCGAAGGUAUAGAGAUUGCCAAAUUACCUUUUCACAAGGGACAAGCGGUUCCCGGUUGUCAUCAACGAAUUGAGCUCAACUUGGAUCUUGAACAGUCUCAACAGCUCCGACAUGCCAUCAAAGACAUUGGUGCUAGUGUGACGCAUGUAUACCAUGCGGCCAUAGCCCUUGUGCUAAGAGAUCUUCAAGACCGUGGUCCCAACGAGCGGAGCGUUCGUUAUAUCAACUACGCCUUGAUCAACGAGCGCCCACUCUGCAAGAGUCCUUACAGCACGCCUCAGCACGCGGCCGCCGUAUACCACUCAGUCUCAGGAUCAAGCCUCGUGAUUGACCUGACGGUACCUUCUGCUGAAGACAACACCCGCAACCACAAGAUCAAGAAAGACGAGCUCCUAGAUGUUGUUGAGCAGGUGAAAAGGUAUUAUCUCGAGAUCCGUGAUGAUACGGAGCAUAUCUCACUGGCUCCGCAUUACUGGGCUCUCUCUACCCCAGCCUAUCCGGCGGGACCAGACGCCCCCCUGUCCCAGCAGCGAAUGAUGCACCAUCAGUCUCUAUCUCUAGUAUGGGUGUCGUGGAUAAUAUUCUAG